CCGGCCCAAAAAAACUCAACGCUGGCUUCGGGUAGUAAGGCAAGCAUUAUUUCCUACUUGAACUCUGUGCAUUUACUAUUGGUCGGAAGCUGAACUACUGAGCAACCUUGCUGUCUGCUGCAGCCGGUCAACUAUGCGCUUGUAGACUCGCUUGUCCGCUCGCGACGGACGUGACUUUGACAUGAUUAUACAGCCAGCUUUACCUUGAGUUUUAUCUUUCGUCUCGGGCCUACCUGACUUGACGUUGUUGUAAACGGCAGCGGGCAUGGACUCGCGAGGAGUACUUCGUAGCGCUCCACUUGGGGGGCGCUCUGCUUCGCCCUUCAAGACCAAAAUGAGCGCUAAGCUUCAAGAGGAACCGUCGCAGGGUCGAUCGACAGCGCCAAAGCUGCCCCACUUUCCUGCGAAGAAGGGUGCGGCACCUGCUGUUGCCAGCUCGCCUGCAAAGGCGCCGAGAGACGCCCACUUGCCGGGCAUGCCUGCGAGCGGCCGGGCGCACCCGGACAAGGGCGGCCGGCGGGAAGCGUCGGGCGCUGACAAGCUGGCGCAAUUGUCAAGGCAGGCGCCUGGCGUUGGUAGCUCGGGAAAGGGCUCGGGCGCAGGCGUUGACGAUGCGCUGGGCUUCGACAGUCCGCGGCGCGGCGUUGCCCGGGCGCAGGUGGCGCGGGAUGAGGUCCUGGCAUACAUGCGACGCCAGAAGGCCGAGCCACGCGACACCUCCUUUGACGACGAUGACCGCGCGCCGCCUGCCUCUGGCGGAGCCCCUACCUCCACCCCCGGAGCGGCGCAGCCCGGCACCAACAGCGGCACCACAACCACCAGCAGCAGCGGCAGCGGCCAGCUGGGCCUUGUCGCCGGCCGCAAUGACGACGGCUCACUCAGCUUCAGUUUGGACUUCAUGGAGGCCUACCGCACCCGACCCUCCACCGCAGCGGCAGCAGCCACCGAGCUCGGCGCCACCGCCGACACUGGAGCCGGUGUGGGGACCGGGGAUGGGGCUGGCGCUGGUGUUGGGGCCGAUGCCGAUGGAGCAGGGGUGGCAUAUGGUCGGCAGCAGCAGCAACAGCAGUGGGGCGCGCGCGGCAGUGAGUCGUUCGACGCCGAGGAGCUGCUCCGGCGCUACAGCCUGGGGCGCGGCAGGCUGGGUGGCAGCAGCCAGGGCGGGCUGCAGGAGGAAGAAGCGGAGGAGGAGGACGACAUUGAGGAGGACAUCGCAGACGACACGGCGGGAGCGGCGGGCCCCGACCAGUCGCCCACGCGCCACACGCCCAGCGGCGUGCGCACCGCUGGCGCCGGCGCCUCUCGCUCUCGCACGCCCACAGCGGCAGAUAGGCCAGGGCGGACUGCAUCAGCAGCACCAGCAUACGCACAUGAUGCCGCAGCUCGCGCGUCCUUGAACAGGAGCAGGGCCGCGCCUGUCUCCGCUGGCACUGGUGGCGGUGGUUCCGGGGCCGGCGUGAUGCGCAUGUCGCUUUCCAUUGCGGCGGCGGUGGCGUCGCCACUGGCCUCGAGUGUGGCGCUGACGGAUGACGCCUUCGAGUUGUUCAAGCGGGACAUUGCAGCGCGCGUCAUCCAGGUGCACUGGCGCCGGUGGCAGGCAUGGAAAGCCAAGGUGCGGCGAGACGCUGAGCAGCGCAUUCUGCAGCAGCUCUUUGCCGACGACCCCUCCGGCCUCAGCCUGAAGCUGCUGCUCGGCGGGGUGGGCGGAGCCGAUGCUGGCAGCGGCAGCGAUGGAGCUUCCCGCAGCGGCGGCGCCGCAAGCGCCCAUCCCGCCGGCGAGCCCUCAGCUACUGCCACCAGGUCUGCUGGCCAUGGCGCGCGGGAGGACGAGAGCGGCCUGCCGCUGCCGAGCCGGCACGCCUCCGUGGACCGGCACGCCGUCGCCGUGCCUGCCUCCCCUGCCUCCGGUGCGGCCGCUGGAGGUGCGCUGGAGAAGCAGCCCUCCAGCACCCGGCUGCCCGCCCUCAAGCGGCCCAUGUCCGCAGGCGCCACCAAACCGGCGUCUGCCGCCUCUGGCGUCUCCUCCGUGGACGCCAUGGGCAACCUGCCGGCUGCAGCCGCCGCCGGUCCGGGCUCGGGCUCGGGCUCGAACACGCCGCACAAGUCCGCAGCCGCGGCCGGCCUCGCAAGCCUUCGCGCCAACGGCAAAGGCGACACCAGCGCAGCCGCGGGGGCCCGUUCGGGCACUCCCGGCAAGCGUCCUGUGUCUGCGGCAGACGCAUACGCCCAGGCUCGCGCGGAGAGCAUCUUAGCGGAUGCGGACCGAGGCCGCCGCCGGCCUGCAACCGCGGGCGCAGCGCUGGUAGAAUCUCCGGGCCGCGUGAGGGGCGCGGCGACGUCGGUGUUUGAGGACAGCCUGGAUGUGGAGGACACGGAGUGGCAGGAGGCCAUGGAAUAUGAUGAGGACGAGGACAACCCGCACGCGGUGCGCGCUACGCCCCGCAAAACUCACAAGGGCGGCCACGCGGUCUACACCUUUGUGGCGACUCCCCGGCGCCGUGCUGCGGCCGAGGCGGCAGCUGCCGCAGCCGCUGCCGAGGCUGAUGCACCUGCCCAGCCUCAAACUGCGCCUGGUAUCACGAGUACCUGCCCGCAGGCGGAGGAGCCGAUUGCCACGGAACCGGCGGCUAACCGCGGCGCAGCUGGCAUGCGCGCAUCGCGCAAUUUGUCUCGUGCCGAGUCCGGGGCAGCGCCGGCGCUGCAGCCGCAGCAGCAGCUCUCAGGGCAGCAGCUCGACCAGAGGCCGUCCGGGCAGCAGGAGAACCUGCGGCUGCGUGAGCCUUCUCUGGACGCCGACACCAACCCCGCCAUGGCAUCGCCAGCCCUGUCUGCCAUCACCGGUGAAGCAGGCGGCGCUGUCGCCGGAGCCGCUGGGCUCCCGGCCGGCACCGGCGCUGGCCCCAUGUCGUGGGUGGAGGACGAUGCCCAGUCGCGCCCAAGUGGCGGCCGACAGCACCAAGAUUCCGAUGACGCUGACAAACAGGGAGCGGGGACGUCAUUGUUGGCGCCGCAGGCGGGCGCAGUGCUGACAGGCCAGCAGGAGCAGCGCCAGCAGGGUGGCAGCGGGCGGCGGAUGGAGGCGCUGCAGCGGCUGCGGCAGCAGGGCUCCCAGCGGGGCUUUGGGCUGUCAUCCACAGGUGCCUUGCUGCCCUCCUCGGCAUCUGCACCAGCAUGGGCCGCGGCACCGCAUGCAAACAGUGACAGCCCUUCGAGCAGCAGGGGCAGCGGCGAGAACGCCUCAAGCCGCCCGCCGCCGCCUGAGCACAACCACCACAGCCACAGUCAGCAAGGCGGCAGCGAUGAGGCCCGCUCGCACCGCGCUAGUCACGAUAAUAGGCAGCAUCGCGACGUAGGGACGAGCGGACAGCACCACCAGGGCCGCCACGCUGAGCGGGAGGAGAACGGCGGCAGCCGUGACGGCCUUGAAGCCAGCUUGCGGAGCAUGGGUGAGCGCAACCGCAGGGCGACUGCAGGUGCCGGAGGGCGCGAUGAGCAAGAUGAGCUUGACCGCCAUGAACGGAGUGAUCAGCAAGCGUCCCGCCAUGCAGAGCGGCGGCCACUGCCGUUACAACAGUGGCAGCAGCAGCCGCACGCCCCGCACCCGCCGGCGGAGCGGCAGCACGCGGAGCCUCACCAUCGCGAGCGGCAGCAGCAGCAGCACCACCACAACCACAACCACAACCACAACCGUGACAGUGUUGCCGUUGAUGAUGGCCACAGGCGGCCUAUGUCUGCUGCCGCCACACUCGGGGCGGGGCACGACCACAGCGUGCACGACCGCCGGCUGACAGCUGGCGAAGGUGAGGGCAACGAGCUCGCCGGCCCGUCCGGCAGGGGGCAUCCGCGCCCUGCCUCUGCCUUUGCUGCAGCGCCGCCGGCCCAGCCGCGUGCGCAGGAGCAGCAGCAGUCCGCUCGCGCGCAGCAGCUGAGGCAGUCGCGGCAUCCUGGCCGCCGCGUCUCCUCUGACUCCGAAUCUGACGGCUCUGAGGAAGACGAGGAAGCUUUUGAGGAGCCAAUCACAAUCGGCCUGCGCGCACAAGAGCCAUCGCGCUGGCGGCCUGAGGCGGCGGCUGCACCUGGUCACCAGCAAACAGGAGACGUGUGGGCGGAGCGCCGCGGCGGUGCCCAGGACGAAGCUGGCCGCCACGAUGACCGUCCUGUGCCACGACAGGUGCAGCCUGAUGCGCCGGCAGCUGCUGCUGCAAGCCGGUCACAGCCGGCCGCCAGCAGCGGCCGCCCAUCAAGCAGCGGCGUCGGGUGGGACCACCCGCAGGCCCUCCAGACCCGGGCCCAGCAGCAACCUGCCAUGCAGCCGCAGCAAGAGGGCGCCGCCAGCAAAGCCAAAGUCGGUGCCGGCCAUAAACAGCAGCAGCAGCCCCGGCAGCCACAGCAGGCCGAGGUGGCGGCUAGCCUGACGGCGGAGAAGAUGACGUCCAUCCUCAAGUAUCUGGAUGAGGUGGAGUUGCAGGCUGAGCAGGAGGCGGCGUGUGCCGCGGUUGCCCCAGCGCUGCUGCUGGCGGAGCCCUCCACGGCCGCAGCCCUGGCGGCGAUGGCCGCUGUGCCCGGGUCGGGCAGUCGGCCGGCCACAGCCGCUGCUGCCUCCAUGCGCUCCCGUGGAGCUUCCGCCGGCCCCGCCCGACCAAGCACAGCACACACAGCGGGCGGCGCGCAGGUUAUGACUCAGCGCUCGCUUGCGGCACUCAGCGAGGCGGGCGGCCGCUCCCGCCAACCCCGUGCGCACGGCCGCUCCCAGUCGCGCCCUCGAGGCCUAGCCUCCUCGCGCCGCUCCGGUUUCGAUCAGGACCAGGGCUAUGACGAUGAUGGCCGCCGUGCGACAGAGGACUGCGAUGACUUUGACGACCAGGGCUAUGACGACGAUGGCGACCUGCGGGAUGGCGACGCUGCCUCCGUGGGUGCCGCCAGCGGCGUGUCAGGCCUCACCACUGGCAGGCCGGCCUUCCUGGCUGAGUCAGUGUACGAGAGCGUGCGCGCCAAGAUCCGGCGGUUGCAGGAGGACGUGAGCGAGCGGGACGACCGCAUCGCCGAGCUGGGCCAGGAGGUGGAGGCGCUGACGGCGGCGCAGCGCUCCAUGGCUCUGGAGGCGGAUGCGCGGCUGAAUGAGCUGCUGGCGGUGCAGCGGGCCGAGUACGAGGGCGCCGUGGCCCGACACCUGGCCUUCGUGGACCGGCUUCUGGCGGACAAGGAGGCGCUCACGGCCAGGACGGAGCAGCUGGAGGCGGCGGUCAAGGGUGCGGACGAUAAGCAGGAGCGCGCUAUUGCCAAGCUGAAGGAGGGCUGGGCGGCGGAGCUGCGGCGGCAGAAGGAGGGCUGGGCGGCGGCGGAGAAGCAGCGGCGGGAGGCGUGGAUGGCGGCCAAGGCGACGGAGAUCAAGGAUAUGACCGUCAAGGGACUGGAGGGAGAGGUGCAAAAGCUGCUGUCGCGGCACAAGGCGGAGCUGUCGGCAGCGCAGCAGGCGGCGGCGGAUGAGGCGCGGCGGCACCUGGACACCUACGUGGCGCAGAACGAGGCGGCGGUGCGUCAGCUCAAGGAGCGCAUGGCGCGGGAGGCCGAGGAGGCGGUGGAGAAGGAGCGCGCCUCGGCGGGGGUGCGGCUGCGGGAGGUCAGCGAGCGCUACGAGCAGCAGCUGCAGACCCAGCGUAUGCGGCUGGUUUCCGACGCCGACCUCCGGCUGGAGCAUCUGGAGCAGGCCAGGAAGGAGGACAAGAAGCGCUACGAGGAGGCGCUGAGCUCGGCGCGGGAGGCGGCCGAGGCCCGGCAGCGCGACAUGGAGGAAGACUGGCGCCGUGAGAAGGAGGCGCUGCGGAAGGCACACGACAAGCAGAUCGAGUCGCUGCGGGAGCAGUACGAGACCGGGCAGGAGGGCUGGCGGGCGGCCAUGGCGGAGCGCGCCCGCAAGGAGGUGGCGGAGCGGGUGGCGGCCAUCCGGGAGAAGCUGCUGGAGGAGCGAAACAGCGAGAUACAGGCGGUCAUGACCCGGCUGGAGGAGGAGCACGCCGCAGCGGUGGAGUCGCUUAAAGAAGAUUUCCGACGCCGCGAGGAGGCGGCAGCCGCCAAGGCCACAGCCGCGCUCAAAGAGGCCAAGCGGGCCGAGACGAAGAUGGCGGAGCGCUUCCGCUGUGCGGGCGCGGCCGCGCAGACGGCGGAGGAGCGGGUGGCGGCGGCGGAGCUGGCCGCGAGCGAGCUGCGCCGAGAGCUGGAGCAGCGCAACAGCACCAUUCGGUGGCUGGAGGGGCAGGUUGGCGUCGCCAAGGAGGAGGCCGCCGCCCGAGAGCGCGACCUGCGCUCACUGGGUGCUGACAAGGCCGCGGUGGCGGCGGAGGCCGCGGCGGCAGCCAACCGUGAGCGGCAGGCGGUGGAGGCGCGACUGGCCGCCACGCACCAGGAGAUGUCUGAGAUGCGGAAUAAGCACGGCGCGGAGAUGGCGCACGUGGAGGCGCGCGUCAAGGCCACCCUGGCUCGCAAGGACGAGGUGAUCUCGGGCCUGAGGGAGCAGCUGGCCACACUGGCGGCGGAGCUGCGCGGCACACAGGAGGUGCUGCGGCUGCAGCAGGAGGAGCUGGGGCGGUAGAGGGUGACCGCGGUCUGGUGGUUCGGGGGUGCGAGAGCCAGACGCUGAGUGCGCUGGAGUGCACUGCAAGCUGCUGGCCAAAGCGCUGUCACUUCAGGCCACAUGGUGAUGGAGGUGGGGAGGGCGUGGUGUCGGGGGACGUUGGCGUGCGUGGCUUGAAGAGCCGUUGGCUGUGGAGGAGAGCUGGGCAGCAGUCGCGUGCGUGUGGAGAGAGGGUGUAAGUGAUAAGAGAGGCCGUCUUGUCAACGUGCGCAAAAGCGCUUGUGCAGUAUCACAAUACGGUACCGUGUGUGGAACUAACAUCAGGUAGUGCGUAAAAAGCAUGAUCUGUGCCAGGUAUCUCGAGCGAAGUACUGCGUGGACUAUCAGAAUUGACAGGCAUUAUAAAAUUUGACAUGUAAAGGGAAGGACGGAACAAGGAAGGCGCUGUAGGCGUGCGGCACGCCAGGAGUGGGUCAGAGCGGGGCAAGGCGCAGAGCAUUAUGGGAUUGCUAAAGCGUGCUGCGGAGUGCGAAGGUCACUGAGGUCCCUUUUGCGAGUCUGCAGUUCUGCACUGCGCAAUUCAGGAUGUAACCAAUGUUCAGA